ACGCUUUUUCUCUGUGCAUCCGGAUCGACUUGGCGCUAGCGCAUGAGCAUUCAAAUUGGCUCGUCGACGUCGUAUAUGAGGCUCCGAGAGCACGCAGCAAAGAGAUAGCAGGAUUUUGCGGAACGCUCCGAAGCUUUCUGUCUUCGGUCAUGGCGUCUGGUUCGCCACGGACGCGCAUCGAUGAGUUCUUUGUUUCGAAGAAAAGGAAACCCAUAUCACCUGGUCUCAAGUCUGGGAGAAGCAAAAUUGCUGUAAAAACUACCGUGGAAGGGUCUCCGAGUGCCAAAGGUACUCUGGACAAUUGCUUGGUGACUUCAGAUGAUGAUAAGAACUCGGCUAAGCCAUCAUAUUCAGCUGGUGAUUCUGGGCAAGAUGCAGUUAAAAGGAAGUUGGCAUUGGAGAUUAAUAAUUCUUCCAAAGAUGAACUUAAGUGGCCCUCGUUUUCAGAACAACUGGACUCUCAAACUUCUGAAGCAGUUGAAGCGGCUCAGAAGGAAGCAUCUUUGGGAUUAUCUGGUAUGGGUGGUGUUGCUGCAGGAGAUUUUGUAAAGGGUUGCUCAACUUCUGAACAGGGUGUUGAUAACUCAGAGCUCAAAAAGUUUGCUACUGACUUUUUGUCUUUAUAUUGUAGUGACUUUCAAUCAAGUACAAAUUCACAGUCAGAGCCGAAAGUGAAUGACCAAAAGAGAAAUCGUAGCCCCUCGUGCCUAGACGGGAAGGAUAAAGCAUGCAAGAUGAGGCAUUGCAAUACUAACCAAUCACAUUUAGAAGGUGAAGUUACUGGCUCUAACAAGAAGGAUCCAGAGGACAUGCAGUCUGGUUUUAUUGAUAAAUCCAUGGUAUCUGUUUUUAGAUCUUCGAGGGAGGUUACUGAUGGUAAUGGUCCUAUUGAGCUUCAACCAUGCUUGAAAAAAUGCGGCAAUACUCCUAAAUCAUCUGUAAAUAUGACAGAAUUCUGUACACCGGGUUCUUUGGCUGUUAAGGCAUGUGUUUGUGAAACCCCCAAGUCAAGGCAUGGAAGCUCCAUAUUUUCACCAGGAGAAGCUUUUUGGAAUGAAGCAAUUCAACUUGCUGAUGGUUUGUGUGUUCCAAUGGUUAACUUUUCUGCUCAGGCUACUGAACAAACUAAUAUUGUGAAGACCCAAUUUCAUAUCAUGAAUUCAUGCAAUUUCAGAAAUGGAGUCGGUCAUAACAAGUCAAAGGAAACAUUGGAUGAGGGUGAGAAUAGAGCCCGACAAAUGGAACUAAGUGUGAAGCAUACAAAAGAUCUGGACAAAGAAGUAUCCUUGCUUCCUGUUAAGCAUUUGGACUUCUCAUGUGAGGACAAAAAUCUGGAUGAAAGUACCCCACCCUGUCGUGCUGUUGAUGAUUCAGAAUGUGCUACUCAUAGAGGUGGCGACCAAUCUGAAUGUGGUGCUGUAGAUCACAAAGGGAUAGAAACUAGUAAUAUAUUAAUUCGAUGUGGGAAAGCUCAGACAGAUGAAGAGAUACAUGUGGUACAGGGGAUGACUUCUGUUCUUUCAGUAACCAAGGGGAAAGUGGAUAUAUCGUGUCCAGAAACUGAUUGCAUGACAUCUAAUUCACCAGUUAAUGAAAUCAAGAAUUCAAUUCUUAAACAGGAAUCUGAUGAAGCAAGUACCCCUUCAAGUUUUGUGCUGCUUGAAGAUCGUUUAGAUCUAAACCGUUGGCUUCCAUCUGAAAUAUGCAGUAUCUAUAGAAAGAGAGGAAUUUUGAAAUUGUAUCCUUGGCAGGUUGAGUGCCUUCAGAUGGAUGGUGUUUUACAGAGAAGAAAUCUAGUAUAUUGUGCAUCUACAAGUGCUGGUAAAAGUUUUGUUGCUGAAAUAUUAAUGUUGCGGCGGGUCAUAUCUACUGGAAAAAUAGCACUACUUGUGCUUCCUUAUGUAUCAAUCUGUACAGAAAAGGCAGAACAUCUGGAGGUUCUUCUUGAACCACUUGGCAAGCAUGUUCGUAGUUAUUAUGGAAACCAAGGUGGUGGAACACUUCCUAAAGAUACUUCUGUCGCUGUCUGCACAAUAGAGAAAGCGAACUCUUUAAUAAACAGAUUGCUUGAAGAGGGUCGUCUGUCUGAAAUUGGAAUUAUUGUGAUAGAUGAACUACACAUGGUUGGUGAUCCAAGAAGGGGUUAUCUUUUGGAACUUAUCUUGACAAAGCUUCGCUAUGCAGCUGGUGAAGGCAAUUCAGAGUCAAGUAGUGGAGAAAGUUCGGGUACGAGCAGUGGUAAGGCUGACCCUGCUCAUGGUCUGCAAAUUGUUGGAAUGAGUGCUACCAUGCCAAAUGUGGCAGCAGUUGCUGAUUGGCUUCAAGCGGCAUUAUACCAGACAGAUUUUCGACCAGUUCCAUUAGAAGAAUAUAUUAAAGUUGGUAACACUAUUUAUAACAAAAAAAUGGACAUUGUGAGAACAAUCUCUAAACAAUAUGAUCUUGGUGGUAAAGAUCCAGAUCAUAUUGUCGAACUAUGUAAUGAGGUUGUUCAAGAGGGUCAUUCAGUGUUGAUAUUUUGCUCUAGUCGAAAAGGGUGUGAAUCAACUGCAAGGCAUGUUUCAAAGUUCCUCAGAAGAUUUUCUGUUAAUGUUCAUAAUGAUGAAAGUGAGUUCGUUGAUAUUACUUCAGCUAUUGACGCCUUGCGAAGGUGUCCUGCUGGACUGGAUCCUAUAUUAGAAGAAACUGUGCCUUCUGGUGUUGCCUAUCACCAUGCUGGCCUCACGGUUGAGGAAAGAGAGAUUGUUGAAACCUGCUAUCGCAGGGGCCUUGUACGUGUCUUAACUGCUACAUCUACCUUAGCCGCUGGGGUUAACCUGCCAGCUAGAAGGGUUAUUUUUCGACAACCCAGGAUCGGUCGUGAUUUUAUUGAUGGAACAAGGUACAGACAGAUGGCUGGUCGGGCUGGUCGGACUGGAAUAGAUACACAGGGGGAAAGUGUAUUAAUUUGCAAACCGGAAGAGAUCAAAAGAAUUAUGGGCCUUCUUAAUGAAAGCUGUCCACCUUUGCAUUCUUGUCUAUCUGAAGAUAUUAAUGGAAUGACUCAUGCUAUUUUAGAAGUUGUGGCUGGCGGAAUUGUCCAAACUACUGGUGAUAUUAAUCGAUAUGUUAGGUGUACUCUUCUGAAUUCCACCAAACCAUUUCAAGAUGUGGUGAAAUCAGCCCAGGAAUCUCUUCGAUGGUUGUGCCACGGAAAAUUUCUCGAAUGGAAUGAAGAUACUAAGUUAUACAGUACCACACCAUUUGGACGUGCAGCUUUUGGCAGUUCUCUCAGCCCAGAAGAAUCACUUAUUGUUUUGGAUGAUCUUUCAAGGGCAAGAGAAGGAUUUGUGCUUGCAUCUGAUUUGCAUUUAGUUUAUCUAGUAACACCAAUUAACGUUGAUGUUGAGCCAGAUUGGGAACUGUACUACGAAAGGUUCAUGGAAUUACCUGCUCUUGACCAGUCAGUUGGCAACCGAGUUGGAGUAGUAGAACCGUUUCUGAUGCGCAUGGCACAUGGAGCACCUAUGCGCGCUUCAAACCAGUCAAGGGACAAUAUGAAGGGGUUGCAUGGCAAAUGUGAAAACCGACUUGGGAUCAGAAACAGUACUAUGCUGUCAGAUGAUCAAAAACUUCGAGUGUGUAAACGUUUCAAUGUUGCACUCAUCUUAUCAAGACUAGUGCAGGAAGUUCCUGUGGCUGAGGUUUGUGAAGCUUUUAAAGUGGCUAGAGGAAUGGUUCAAGCCUUGCAAGAGAAUGCUGGAAGGUUUGCAUCUAUGGUUUCUGUGUUCUGUGAAAGGCUUGGGUGGCAUGAUCUCGAAGGUUUAGUUGCCAAAUUCCAAAAUCGCGUUUCAUUCGGAGUGAGAGCAGAAAUUGUAGAGCUUACUACUAUUCCAUAUGUUAAGGGUUCUCGAGCAAGAGCACUCUACAAAGCUGGCUUGCGUACACCUCUCGCAAUUGCAGAAGCUUCCGUUCCUGAAAUUGUCAAAGCUCUUUUUGAAUCUUCUUCAUGGGCUGGACAAGAAGGUUCGGCACAAAGACGCGUACAACUUGGAGUGGCCAAGAAGAUAAAGAGUGGUGCACGCAAAAUUGUUCUUGAUAAAGCUGAAGAAGCAAGGAUUGUUGCCUUCUCAGCUUUUAAAUCACUCGGAUUCGAUGUUCCACACUUUUCUCAACCCAUACUGUCAACUGCCACUGGUGAUCACGUCAGGAAAGGAGCUGCAACUAUAUCUUUUGGAGAUGGCACUAGUAGUAGCUUUGUUAAUGUAGAGCACGUGACGCCUGCUUCUACUAACCCAUCCACUGAUGAAAAUGAGAGUUCUGAUAAGGUUGCUUCAGAAAGUGAGGGAGAGAAGUUUAUGAGAACACCAGAUAUGGUUUUAGUGGCUCCAGCAGAAGUAAACUCAACAACUGCAAUGUACUGUAACUUUGGUGCUGUAAGUUCUGGGGUACUAGUUGAAGGGUCUGUAACCAGUAGUGCUGAGCUGAAUGCUACUGUUGCUAAUGCCAAAAGUGCAGAUAUGACUUGCACUAUUCAGUUACAAAGACCUGGUGACGGAAUUGGGUAUCUUGAUUGUGGAGUGCAGGAACCACACAACAGGCAAAAUUUGUGUGUUGUCAAUAAGGAAAGUGCUUGUGCGAAAGGCCCUAUCAAUGCAAUUCAUACGCCUGGCGGAUUUGAUUCCUUCUUGGACCUCUGGGAGACUGCACCGGAAUUCUAUUUUGAUGUCCAUUACAACAAACGAUUGGAAGUAAACGCUGUUGCCCCCUUUGAAAUACACGGCAUGGCCAUUUGUUGGGAAAGUUCUCCUGUCUACUAUGUCAAUCUUCCCAAGGAUCUACUGUGGUCUGACAACAGAAGAGAUGAUUACUUGUCCUUGUGUACAUCUGGUGAUAAGAGUACUUCACCUCAUGAGCAUUGGCUGGAGAUAGUUCGAAAAAGAUGGAAUAGGAUUGGUAAAAUGCUAGGGAAAAGAAAUGUUAGAAAAUUUACUUGGAACCUAAAAGUUCAGAUUCAGGUUCUUAAAAGUCCUGCAGUUUCAGUUAAGAAAUUUGGUUUAGAUCUUGCUGGGAAAAAUUUAGGUCUUGAACUCAUAGACAACUCAUACUCACUGUUGUCUCCAGUUCAUAUAAAAGAUGGAAUUGACAUGUGCAUUGUGGCAUGGAUUCUUUGGCCUGAUGAGGAGAGAAGCUCUAACCCAAACCUGGAGAAGGAAGUUAAGAAACGGUUAUCCAGCGAGGCUGCGGCAACUGCUAAUCAGAGUGGCAGGUGGAAGAAUCAGAUGCGAAGAGCUGCACAUAACGGGUGCUGCCGCCGGGUUGCACAAACACGAGCCUUAUGUUCUGUACUCUGGAAGUUGCUUAUUUCUGAAGAUCUUAUUGAAGCCCUUAUGAAUAUAGAAAUCCCAUUGGUUAAUGUUCUUGCCGACAUGGAGCUUUGGGGAAUAGGUGUCGACAUGGAAGGAUGCCUUCAGGCACGUAAUGUGUUGGGGAAAAAGCUUAGACAUCUUGAGAAGGAAGCUCAUAAGCUGGCUGGCAUGACAUUUUCAUUAUAUACGGCAGCAGAUAUUGCAAAUGUGCUGUAUGGACACUUGAAGCUGCCCAUACCAGAGGGGUAUGACAAGGGAAAGCAACAUCCAAGUACUGACAAGCAUUGCUUGGAUAUAUUAAGGCAUGAGCAUCCUAUUAUUCCAGUCAUUAAAGAACACCGUACAUUGGCAAAGCUCCUGAACUGCACGUUGGGAUCAAUUUGUUCACUGGCUAGGCUAUCAAUGCGGACACAGAAGUACACACUUCAUGGUCAUUGGCUCCAAACGUCAACGGCAACUGGUCGGCUUUCAAUGGAGGAACCUAAUCUUCAGUGUGUUGAGCAUGAGGUUGACUUCAAAAUGAACAAGGACAAAAACUGUGGUGAUGCUAAUGCUGAUCAUUACAAAAUUAAUGCUCGUGAUUUCUUUGUUCCUACACAGGACAACUGGUUAUUGUUAGCAGCCGAUUAUUCUCAAAUAGAGCUGAGGCUGAUGGCACAUUUUUCUAAAGACUCCUCAUUAAUUAAACUUCUCAGUACGCGUCAUGGUGAUGUUUUUACUAUGAUAGCUGCAAGAUGGACUGGGAAACCAGAUGAUUGUGUUGACUCGAAUGAACGAGACCAGACCAAGAGGCUAGUGUAUGGCAUUCUUUAUGGAAUGGGUGCAAACACCCUUGCAGAACAACUACGUUGCAGCUCGGAUGAAGCCGCAGAAAAAAUCCGAAGCUUCAAAAGCUCUUUUCCUGGUGUUGCUUCUUGGCUGCAUGAAGCCAUUGCAUCUUGCCGUCAGAAAGGAUAUGUAGAAACCCUCAAGGGAAGAAAGCGUUUUUUGUCAAAAAUUAAAUUUGGGAACAGUAAGGAAAGAUCAAAAGCCCAGAGACAAGCUGUGAAUUCUAUUUGUCAGGGAUCUGCUGCUGACAUUAUUAAGAUUGCAAUGAUAAAUAUUUACUCUGUGAUUGUCGAAGGAGUUGAUAGGCCAGAUUGUAGUUCACUUGUGACAAAAUUUCAAAUCCUCAAAGGUCGCUGCCGAAUCAUAUUGCAGGUACAUGAUGAAUUAGUACUGGAAGUUGAUCCUUCCUUGAUAAAGGAAGCUGCAUUAUUGUUGCAAAUGAGCAUGGAAAAUGCAGCCUUGCUUCUUGUUCCUUUGCAUGUCAAACUGAAAGUGGGAAAAACGUGGGGUUCUUUGGAACCUUUCCAAGCUAUUGGGCCUGAAUCGUAAAUUAGUGGGGAGUUGUUUUAUUCUAGGCAAAGGAAAAAAAGAAGUGUUCCAUGAUACUGAACAGUGAUGAUAGAUGGAAGUUUAAAGCAGUCUAUGGAAGCAGUCUUAUCUGUUCAGGUUAUGCAAUGCAUUCCAUGUGGAAGCGGAGUUAGGAUUGCAUCAAUUGAGUUAACAAUUUUGCAAUUAUUAUUGCCUUUGGUCGAAGAUUUGCUUUGAAAGAAGAAAUUUGAGAGGCUUGAGCGUCACUUGUCCCUAGUAGACAGGCUAAUGAGCCCAUUCUCUCAUUAAAUACUGCAUCAGUUAGUGCAUUUCUACAAUGGCAUCCAUAAAUUACCUUUAUUUGCUAUGGAAAUCUGCAUCUAGAAAUACUGCAGAGGCAAAAUGGGUGUCAGGGAGUUAAGGGACCCCAUUCCAACUCAAACGAGGGCUAGGCAAAACAUUAAAGAUAAUUUGAAUCCCUUUUACCUGUGGGAAGGCAGAGGUUGAUUCCUUGGAUGGCAACAAAAGAUCAUUUGCUUACUGGGGAGAUUUGGGAUAUAUAGCUACCGAUAUGUCUUUUGUUCUUUGUUCACAAUCACGUGGAGCUCUUAAGGCAUCUUCUCUUUCUCUUGGAUUGCUCAUAGUCUGUAAAUAUUUGGAGCCAAAUCCUCUGCAUAAAAUGGCUAGUGAGAACUGAGAAGGAUUGUUGGCAGUUGGAUUCAGCUGUGAGACACAUAUUAGAGGUAAUCUGCCCUCAUUAUUCACAGGAGUUUUUGAUUUUCCUGGCAAUCGAGGCUUGUAAGCAUCGGCAAAAGGUUUUGUAUUGUUUCUGUUGAAUGAGUUAUUUUCAGAACGGCUGUAUUUUUCAUUCUCUGUUUUGCUAACAAAACUUCUAAUGUCUCUGGGUGCAAACAUUUGCUGUUCAUCUAAACGGGCUUUAAAGAUGUAUUCUCUGGGUACAAAACUGCUAAGCUUACAAAAUAUUUUAGAAGAAAAAUUCUUCUAAGUGAUGUGGCACGACAUAAUCGAGAAGGAGAUGAAUUCAAAUUUUGA